AUGACAACCCCUCCCCUCACCCACCUGGAGAACAGGCUAUUUGACGACUGCUCCUUCUGGUACGGCCCAGAAACCCAGAAGAGGACCGUCGAGGCUUUCAUCGACGACGUAACGAACCUCCACAUCCAGAACUUCGACUGUACCGUGACGCGUUUCUUCAACAAGAACCGGGCGGCCGAUGCGUUCGCUGAAAAGAGGAAGUGGAUCUCGAGGGAGCUGGCGAGGAGGUCCGUUGAACGCUAUCCCAUCAUGCCGCCCGUCGAGUGGGCGAAGGUCAGGACCUGGCGCUUUCGCGGCGUCCGAUGGGAGCGUGUUUUGAUUGACCUCCGCGAGGAGUUCGAGUUCACCUUGCUUUGUGGUGGUCCCCCCCGAGGGGAUGCUGCCCCCGCGGAACCCUUGACGCUCUCUGGGGGUUUGCUUAUGGCGAUGGCACGCCAACGCCGCCUGCAUGCUGAACGUCGUGAGGCUUUGGUGGCAAAGCGGUUGAUGGAAGCUUCCAAGGGUCAGAAAACCUCGGACCCGCGUUGGGAGGACGCUGCGGUUGUUUCUGACAGCGAACGUGGCUACAAGGCCAACGCCGGCGGAUCCAGCCUUUCCACCUCAAAGAAGAGUGUCGUCGACGAGGGCAAGACACGGGAGGUGAGCGGCGCGAAGAAGGGCGGUAGAGUCGGGAAGAAAAGCGCGAAGGGCAAGGGAAAGGGGGUCAAGGUGGUCGAUCUUUCCGACUCUGAGACUGACAUUGUCAUUGCUGGUCCCUCAGAGGAGGGUGUCGACGACUGA